AUGUGCAAACCAGACAAAUCGAAGAAAAAAAUAGUUGAAAAUUUGGGAUAUUCUCUUGAAGAACAUUAUGUUGCAACGGAAGAUGGCUAUAUUAUAACUCUGCGUCGAUUAUUAAACAGUCGUAAUGUGGCACAAGAUCAAAAACCAGCACUUUACGUCCAUGGUUUAGUAGAAAGUUCAUCUGACUGGAUUAUUACUGGACAGAAUAUCUCAAUGGGUCAUUUUCGUCAAUAUGACUAUGGAAGUGACAAAAACUUGGAAUUUUAUGGAUCAUCAAAGCCACCCGAAUAUCCUACAUAUAAUGUAGCUAUUCCGGUCGCCAUUUUCCAAUGCUUAAAUGAUUUUUUAGUUACUAAUCAGAAAAGCAUUGUGGAAGAUUAUGGCUAUUCAUUUGAAGAAUAUUAUGUUACAACAGACGACGGUUACAUUAUCACUGUGCAUAGAUUAUUUGACAGUCGUGUAAAAUCUCAAUCACAAAAACCAGUAGCACUCUGCGUCCAUGGUAUCAUGGGAAGUUCGGUUGACUGGUUUCUUUCUGGACAAAACGUAUCAAUGGCUUUUCUUUUAGCUGACUCAGGCUACGACGUAUGGUUGUUCAAUGCCCGUGGUGUCAUAAAUUCAAAGAAACAUGUUAAAUAUUUGACAUCAAGUUAUAAAUUCUGGGAUUUCAGUGGUCAUGAAAUUGGUUUCUAUGACUUACCUGCGACAAUAGAUUAUGUUUUAAAUACUACUAAACAGCCUGACCUCUUUUAUGUGGGGUUUUCCCAAGGUGGUGGAAUAUUAUUUAUCAUGGGAUCUCUAAAACCUGAAUACAAUAAAAAAAUCCGUAUGGCAGCUCUUUUAGCACCAGCCGUAUACCUCGGCCAUUUUCGUCAAUUUGACUAUGGAAAAACCAAAAAUUUGAUCGUAUACAAAUCACAGGUGCCACCCGAAUACCCUAUACAUAAAACAGAUAUUCCAAUCGCUAUUUUCCAAGGCCUGAACGACAUUAUAAUUACUAGUCCGGAUAUCGAUCUGCUUGUUCAGAAGAUACCGAAUGUUGUCUACAGAGAAAUGAUAACUGAGAAGAAGCUUAAUCAUAUGGAUUUAAUAUACGUUUCUGAUAUGCGCGACCUUGCUUAUUCAAAAAUUUUGAAUUUAUUUGAAACUUAUCGAAAGAAUGAAACUUUAAAUCUCAACUAA